AUGGUCAUGUAUUACGUGACUUGGUUAUGGUUUAUUUUGUUUGGUUUAUGUCCUAGCUCUGUGCCUGACUCCAUACCUAUAGGUAUGUUCAGGACAGAGUGCCAUGAUCGUCAUUUCUGGCUGUCCAUCAGUUCAAAUGUCCUUGGCAACAAAUUUAGGGUUGAUGUUCAAGGAGGCUCUGAGGUCCAUGAAGUUUCUGGUCAGUGGGCAGCAGAGUGUGGCUACACCAUUGGUUUUGACUCCUGGGGUGACCUGCUACUGCGUGUGUCCUACCUGGCCUGUCUGGUGGAUAACCAGAGGGAGACUGAAUUUCGGGUAUUGGUGUGGUUUGUAAAUCAGUACUCUAACGAGGAGGAGAAAUCCUACCCUUUGCUGCUCGCCUGCCCUCUUCAGGUCCCGUGGGGGCCUCGGGAGCUCGUCUGUGAGGAGAACUACAUGGAGGUGUCUGUGCUUAAACAGUCGCCUCCAGAUAAUCACAUUGGUGUGGAGUGGGUAACCCCUGCCCCUGUGGAGCUGGAUGAGGGUUUGAGGGAGUGGAGAGUGGUGUUUCGUAUCCCAGUGCUCCAUCAGGAGGGUGGCAUGAGAGAAGAAACUGUACCUGUCAGAAUGGCACACCUGCUGGGUUACUACAUCAACACCACUGACACGCGCAUCCUGCUGCGUUGCCCCUAUGGAUCCAAACUGGCAUACAUGCUGCAGUGGGGUGUGGCUGGGGUGGAAGUGGUAAGUGCCACCAUCAUGUACAAGCUCAAAUGGACCCUGUUGACUGUGGACAUGUCCAUGGCUUGCACCAUGAAUCAGGCCCAAAUGGAUGGUUCAGAUGUGUUGUGGUCUCUUCCUCGCAACCUCCCCGCUCUGUUUCAUCCUUCAUUUAUAGAAAGGGGCCUUAAGUUGGGGGUGGGAGGGCGCUAUCUGUCUGAGUGUGUAGCCCACCAGCGUGGUUACCAGAUUCAGGACAACAAUGGAACAUUGGAGAUCCGUAUUCCUUUUGGAGCUGAGGGAGGAACAGUCAAGAGUCAUGUGAUUGAUGGACGGUACUCGCAGUCAUAUUUUGUGGACGUGUUCCUGCUGCGUGAAUGGAAGGAUGCAGCAUGGAGUUUGACUCGGCAACAAAUCUUCAGAGCUUUUUCAAUUCGUCAUGUGCCCCGACCAAUCACUGUCAUUAACUUGACCGUGCCCUCACUGGGGGAGUUUUCAGUAUCUUUGUGCUGUUUCCCACCUGACGUUUCUCUGGGGAAUGUGACCGUAGCAGGUCAGCCAGUGGUUUGGGAUGAAAUGGAGAGGGACGGAGUCAGUCUUUCUCAGAACCCUCUCCCCAACAACACGUACAGCUACCUGCUUCGGAUCCCCUUCUCACAUCCACUUGUCUCCCAGAAGUAUUUGGGAGACUGGUUGAGGCGGUACACGCUCUCUGGGGUCUUUUCUUUCAUUCUGACUCCUGAUGGAGAGAUCUAUGACCAUCCUGCUACUGUUGAGGUUGACCUGCAGGAUGUGGUCCUGCCGAAGUUGGAAGGGGAAUGUACAGUGUGGGGUGUGCGUGUAUUGGCUUACUACGGGAAUAUAGACUCCUCUGAGUGGAGUUUGUAUGUCGGUGGAAUGAGGCUUGACUGGGAUUUGGUGGAGCUGGGGGGAUUCUCUCUGGAUGCCCAAGAGCACUUCCUCAGUGUGGAGGUGCCACUCUACGCCCAUGGCAUGGCUUUUGAGGGUUUGGGUAUGCAAGGUCUGUUAGUGAGUGUUUUUGUGAAUUUAGUUCACCUGGAAACCGCAGAAGAACAGACUCAUGUGCAGCGCUGCGUGUUCCCUGUGAGAGAAUUAUUGGUGUGUCUGCCUGAUGGCAGAAUGGUAGUGAUGGUCGACACAGCUGGAAUUUCUCCCCCAGUGAACCCCAAUCACACAGCAUUGCUGGACCCUGCCUGCAGACCACUCGAGACCGAUCACUCCAGAGCCUUAUUCAGCUUCCACAUUGACUCCUGUGGCACUAUCGCAACGUAUGAUGGUGAUCAGGUCAUCUACAGGAAUGAGGUGAGAAACAUGCCACCUUUUCUUCCACACCUGAGACCACUCAGUCAACCUCAACCACACUACAGAGUCCCUCUCGGCUGUGUUCACCCAGCGAAUGGAAAUCGCUCUCUUUCCAUCUACCUGCCGUCUUAUCCACCCACACCUCUACCUCUACCUCUAAAACGCACACACAAAACGGCCUCGCACACAGGGCACCUUGAGGACCGAGAUCAAAAAAUCUACUCAUUGCCAGCUGGUGGAUGACACUCUUAAAAGCAACAGAAACCUUGCCUACAGAGCUGAAGGUGGAGCCUGACAGCACAAUGGAUGGGCUUGUCCUGUUAGUCACCUCCAAGCAUGACGACACAACAGAUCUGUCCAAUAAAGGCUUUUCAUUUUGAUGCACAAUCCAGGC